AACGUUGUCUUGUUGUUUAUCCACCAAAAACGGUGUCGUCUCCAUAUACCCAUUCAAUGUGACGGCAGAAGAGGCACUUUACUAAUUGUUUGGUCCCAUAAUAUCAUGUUCUUCUCGACCAGCAGGAAUCAAGCAAUGAAUGCAUUCCUCACUAGAAAGCCAACAUUUUGUCUUAAAAAUCAAAUUUUUAGGCUUUUUUUCUCUUCCCACAGAUCGUCAACCACGAGAUCAAGCAAAGGCUUAGCUAUUGCACAGAGGGUCCUUAACCUUCUAUCGUCCCAAAAACGUGGUACUACUGUUGACCGUCGUCAAAGUCAUCUUAGGCUUAUUGAUGACAUGUUGGAAAACUAUGUAACAAUUCCUCUUGGUCACAAUUCAGCUACUAAUGGGACUACAGCUGAAAUAACUAUUGAGUCCUCUGUUCUACAUAUGGAACAAGGGUUCGGAGUUGAUGUGUUCUUCUUGUCGCAAGCCGUGAGUUCAUGUGGUUCCAAGCGUGACCUUUGGGGAGGAAUUCAGUAUCACUGCCUAGCAAUAACAACUGGGUUCGUUGCCAGUGUUUAUGUUGGAAGUUCUUUGAUAAGUUUGUACAGCAGGUGUGCCUUUUUGGGUGAUGCAUGCCGUGUGUUUGAAGAAAUGCCUGUCAGAAAUGUAGUUUCAUGGACAGCAAUUAUUGCUGGGUUUGCACAAGAAUGGCAUGUUGACAUGUGCUUGGAGCUCUUCCAACAAAUGAGGGGUUCAGAUUUGAGACCAAAUUAUUUCACGUACACCAGUCUUCUGAGUGCUUGUAUGGGCAGUGGAGCACUGGGACAUGGGAGAUGUGCUCAUUGUCAAAUAAUUCGAAUGGGCUUUCAUUCUUACCUCCACAUCGACAAUGCUCUCAUUUCCAUGUAUUCUAAAUGUGGGGCAAUUGAUGAUGCCUUGCACAUAUUUGAAAAUAUGGUGAGCAGGGAUGUUGUCACGUGGAACACCAUGAUCAGUGGCUAUGCACAGCAUGGGCUUGCACAAGAGGCAAUUAAUCUCUUUGAAGAGAUGAUAAAGCAAGGUGUUAAUCCUGAUGCUGUUACUUACCUUGGUGUUUUAUCCUCAUGUCGGCAUGGAGGUCUUGUCAAAGAAGGUCAAGUUUACUUUAAUUCCAUGGUUGAGCAUGGUGUGCAGCCUGGGCUAGAUCAUUAUUCUUGCAUUGUAGAUCUUCUUGGUCGGGCUGGUUUACUUCUGGAGGCUCGUGAUUUCAUCCAAAAUAUGCCUAUUUUUCCCAAUGCUGUAGUAUGGGGUUCACUGCUUUCUUCCUCUAGGCUUCAUGGAAGUGUUCCGAUUGGCAUCGAGGCAGCAGAGAAUAGGUUAUUGAUGGAACCAGGGUGCUCAGCAACACUUCAACAGCUAGCAAAUCUCUAUGCAAGAGUUGGUUGGUGGAAUAAGGUAGCUAGAGUGCGAAAAUCAAUGAAAGACAAAGGUCUAAAACCAAAUCCUGGUUGUAGUUGGGUUGAAGUAAAAAGCAAAGUCCAUAGAUUUGAAGCACAAGAUAAGUCAAACAGCAGAAUGACAGACAUGCUUUUGAUAAUGAAUAGUCUGAUGGACCACAUGAGUAGUUUAAACCUUCAGUCUCAAAUGUUUGAGGAGGAUAAUAUUUGGCAUUCAUAAUACUAACUCCGUUGCUGUGGCUUUUUAACAUUUCCAGCAUUGACUUGCAGAUUUGUUCAUUUUUUACGUCUGCAUAAUAAUUUUUUAUUUGUUCACUGUCUCUCCCUUGUAUAUUUGUAUCUCUGCCAUGGAAAUAUCCACACCUGUUUUUAGGGUCCAUGAAAAUGCCCACACUCUAUGCACAAAUCUUUGUCAUUUGACAAAAGCUGACUAUAAAUAUUAACCCGGGAUUUUCCUCUGGGAGAAAGAACCCUCUUUCAUACGACUUAUGCCAUGGUAAGUCUUGGUAUAAUCAACAAUGUAGGGGCCCAUUUUGAAGGGCCAUCUCUAUUUCCCUGUACAAGAAUUAAACAUUGUAUGCAUUUCCCUUCCCUAACAGCUUAUUCCCCGUCUAUUUCAAAAAGAAAAGAAAAAUGUAAUGUUGAAAGGAAAAAUUUCAGUAUCGUGUUAAGAGAGAAUUUGAUGAACACUUAACAUCCAUGUUAGUACAGUCACAGGCAAAUACUCUUCAUUCAAAAUUGAGAAGAGAAGAAGACAAUCAUAUCAUGAAAGCCAAGGUCACAGAAGUGCUCUCCUGGGGGCUUUAAGUUUACUGGGAGGAAAGACCAACCGAUUGGGGAAAAAUAUUGAGUUGCAAUUUGCAAACUCGCUUACGGUCCACCAACAGGUUCUUGAUUAGGUUUGGUCAACACAAGUUAUCUAGCUGAGACACUGGGAGUCCAAGAGACAAGUUAAAUUGUGUUCAUUUUAAAUCUUAGUCAAGUUGCAAGUCUACUGUUGGUUUCUUAAGGAGAGUUACAGCAGUUCCAUACUUUCAUUACAUUCUUGGUCUCCCAAGCGAGGAUAUACUUACAAGAUAUCCAUUUAGAAAGUGUGCUGCCAAUGAACAAAACACACUUAAGACAAUCGCCACAACAGCGUGAAUGAAGUUUAUUAAAAUACCACUGAUAACAGAGCCAGAUUAUUAUAGGUAUCUUUCUUUUCCUUUUUUUUUUUUUGUUGGUACUAUCUAAUAGACCCUGUUCAUCCAUGAAGCACAAUGGGCUAACAAGGUCUCAGGAACUAGCCGACCAUCAUUUCCUUGUCCACCCUACAUAGUUAUAACAAGACGUUGAUGAGGGUCAAUUGGUGAAGUAAGUACGAGG